GUAUACACAUAGUGUGCUGUAUUGCAUAGCAAUGUUACCUCCCUUCGCGACCUCAUAUAUAUCAACAAUUGCUAACAUCUAAUACAAAGAAAACGUUUAUAAAGCUGAGGUAUUUAUCACUGCAUUUCAUUCUCGAGUUAAAACUUGCCAGAACAGUCCUCUUUUACGUCCUCCCUCUUUCUACUGUAUUUGAAGAUUUUCUUCCUGAAUGGCUGCGUUGUGGUGGAAAAUGUCUAGCAGCAUAGUAUGGCUGUUUCUCAUAACUGCAAAUAAAAUUGCUGAAGCUGACAACAUCUUGUUUUUGUCAUGGCCACUGUUUAGUCAUGCACAAGGUAUGAGUUAUGUCGCUAAAGAAUUGAGCAAAUAUUCUCAUACAUGUUACUACCCCAUGACAGAGAAACUUGCUGAGCGUUUCAAGUCCUUUGAAGGGAUAAAAAUUAUACCCAUGAAAAAUAAUCCAAGAAUUGCCUACUUUGAGAAAUUAUCAACCCAACAAUUUUUAAAGAAUUCUAAUAUAACUUGGAAAAUGAUGUCACAAGAAAUCCAUGAUAUUUGUGACAGCUUUUUACUGGACCAGGAAUGGUUUCAGUCGCUAAAAGCAGUCAAUGCUACAAUUGCUGUUGUAGAUUAUGUUUUUAUGAGUAACUGUCUGACCAUUAUACCAUACAAGCUAUCUAUUCCAUAUGUAUUCCAAGGAAUAAGCGCAGAACAUCAGGCAGUUACUCGAAUACCAUGGCAUGCAUCUGUUUUUCCCAACAUGCUGACACUUUAUACAGACCAAAUGAAUUUCUAUGAAAGAUUGGUAAACCAUAUCUUGACAGUGCCUUCAUAUUUUCUCCCACUAUUGGGAAAUCCUGCUAAAAGUGUUAAAGCUUACGCUCCAGAGAAACCUGAAAUAAGUUUUGAAAAGUUGAUGAAUCAGGCUGCUUUAUAUCUUCAUGAGUCUGAUGUAUUAUUAGAAUUUGCAUCACCUUCACUUCCUAAUGUUAAACAUAUUGGUGGCCCAGCAACACGACCAGCAGCACCAUUGAAAGGGGACCUACAUAAGUUUGUAGAAAAAUCUAAUCAUGGAAUCAUUGUUGUUUCAUUUGGCAGUUUUCUGGACACCUUCCCAGAAGGACAUUUAGAGAAGAUGGAGAUUGCUUUUAAAGAAAUAAAAUAUGAUGUCAUUUGGAAACAUCCAGCUCCAAAGUCCAUAGCAUCAAACAUCUUCUUAACAAAAUGGCUACCACAAAAUGAUCUUUUGGGUCAUCCAAAAACAAAACUCUUUAUUACACAUUGUGGUAAUAAUGGACAGUUUGAGGCUCUCUACCAUGGAGUGCCUAUGCUUGGUUUUCCAGUCUUUGCAGAUCAGUUUCACAAUGGACGUCGAAUACAAGUAAAGGGAUAUGGAAUCUCUAUGGAUAUGUUUAAUUACACUAAAGAUGAGCUUGUUUCAACCAUUAAUGAACUGAUUGUAAAUCCCAAAUAUAAAAACAAGAUUAAAAAAGCAAGUGAAAUAUUCCGUUCUCGUCCUGAGAGUCCUGCUGCAAGAGGUGCACGCUAUAUAGACCAUGUUAUUAAAUAUGGUGGAGACUACUUAAGAUCAUCCUGUCAAACUAUGCCACUUUACCAAUUUCUCAUGCUAGAUAUAUAUGCUGUGUUUCUGGCUGUAUUUAUUGUCUCACUGUGUUUGGUAAAAUUUGUCAUUCGAAAAUGUUAUCGAUGUUGUUGUGUAAAAAAGAAGAAAAUGGAUUAAAAUAAACAAAAAUAAUCUUACAAUUAUAAAUAUUUUAUAAAUAAAGCAGUAAAAAAAUC